CAGUUAUCGAAAUUUGUAGUAGGAGUAGGGUAAUUUAUAACAAAAGGUGAAACCUGAAGGACCAAAUUGCAAAUUAGAACUUCUGUAGAACACCUACCUCCAACUUUUGUUUGGAUCCGACUUUCCGAGUCCCAAUUCAAAUCACUCUUACCGACUUCCAACUCCAGUCAAACCAGCUAAUCAUAACUACCGGUUUCGAUUUCCGGCAACUAAAUGUCUUCGUUAACCGUUAAAAUGAUGGCCGGAUCUCUCCCUCCGGUGACGGAAUCAGUCGGAUCUAAUGCCAAAGGGCCAGCUGCUGCUUUUGUCAAACCACCUACUCUAUCUCUUCAGCAGGUUAGGGUUAAAGAAGUUGAAAAGUUAGAAGUGUCUACGAAGGUGUCACGAAGAGAUUUAGCAUUGUUUUUAACUGCUGGAACUCUGAGCGCUGUGGCUCUAUCAUCAUCACCUCAGCCAGCUGAAGCACGCAUGAGUAAAACUGAGAUGAAGAAGAUGAUAUUAGAAAAAUUCAAGAAACUCAGGGAGCAAACUGGGUUAUCAAAGCCAGAAACCGAAGAAAAUGAAAAAGUUCCCGACCCAACUCCAACUCCGACUCCAUCUCUAACUCCAACUCCGCCAACAGCAAAGAAAGAAGCUCCGGCAUCACCAAUUCCGUCUGAAAAAGUAAGUCCGGUUCCACCACUUCCAAAUCUACAGAAUGAUAAGAAAACGGUGGUGGAAGCCACCAUACUCCCAUGAUCAUUGUUUCCGAAAACAAAAAGCUCAGGUUAGGCCACGUAUUAUUUUUCUUGCUGAACCAGAGAUUAUAAUUUGUACUUUUGAAACCAUAAAUUAUGAGUUUUUCUUGUGACACCAACAUAAUAAUAUUAUCGCUAUCGUUGUCACUUUUAUUACUCUCUAUCUGAGUCAACUCGGACGACUAAUGUUUAAGUCAAUAGCAAUUCAUGAUUUUUUAUUCAUUACGUGAAAGUUUUAUUGUCGAUUGAUCUAGAGGUAGUGGGCUGUUGUAACUAAUGAUUUUCGAUUGAGAGUUAUUUUAAGUUAUCGUG